UUCCGGAACGGCGCGAAGGCGGGUCUCCUUGACAACGACUUUCGUAGGUGAAGCCAAGCUGUGGAUGCAGGGACAAGCGAGCGGAGGAGUUACUUGGGGAGGAGACGCUUCUUGGUAACCUGGGUGGGGCGGGGCCUCGUGGAAGCCGCAGAGACCUUGGCAACCUGAGAAUCUCAGGUCGCCCAGACUGGCCUGAAGUUCCUUCUGACCCUGAUCCUCCAGGCUUGUGGUUGGCAAGCGAGGUGGAAAAGCAGGUGUGCGCCACCGUGCCCACGGAAUCCAGGGCUCGUGCAUGCUGGGCAAGCCCUGUGCCCACCGUGUCAGCUACUGAUGACCUCGACUCGAGUUUGACUCACUCUGAAGCCCCAGCUGGUCUGGAACUCGCAGCAAUCCUCCUGUUUCAGCCUCCCAACGGCUAGAAUGAGAGGUGGUGUGUGCUGGCUCCAGCAGGGCAGAGAGGCCACCUGCAGCCUGGUGUUGAAGACAGACGUCAGUCGGGAGGAGUGUUGCGCCUCCAGCAACAUCAAUACAGCCUGGUCCAACUUCACCCACCCGGGCAAUAAAAUCAGCCUGCUGGGCUUCCUGGGCCUGGUGCACUGCCUGCCAUGCAAAGAUUCCUGCGACGGCGUGGAGUGUGGGCCUGGCAAGGCGUGCCGCAUGGUGGGGGGCCGUCCACACUGCGAGUGCGCACCCGACUGCGAGGGGCUUCCCACGGGCUUGCAGGUCUGCGGCUCUGAUGGCGCCACCUACCGGGACGAGUGCGAGUUGCGUGUGGCGCGCUGCCGUGGACACCCGGACCUGCGCAUCAUGUACCGAGGCCGCUGCCAAAAGUCCUGCGCUCACGUAGUGUGCCCACGCCCCCAGUCAUGCCUUGUGGACCAGACCGGCAGCGCUCACUGUGUGGUGUGUCGUUCUGCCCCCUGCCCAGUGCCUUCCAGCCCCGGCCAGGAACUCUGUGGCAACAACAACGUUACCUAUAUCUCCUCGUGUCACCUGCGCCAGGCCACCUGCUUCCUGGGUCGCUCCAUUGGAGUUCGCCACCCGGGUGUCUGCACAGGUGCCCCCAAAGUACCACCAGAGGAGGAAGAGAACUUCCUGUGAGCUGCAGCAGCUGGGCCUGGUAUUUGAGGCCGUUCCAAUUUUAUUUAUUGUCACAGAAAAGAUUCUAAUUUAUGUCACGUGGACAUUCCCCAAACCUGGCCUGAAAGCACUUGGGGUCCCCUAGGAUCCUGAGCAUGUAACACAAGGACUGAAGGGAGGUUUUGUAAGAGUUGGUAUGUGCCAUCACCAGGGACUAGGACCAAGUUAGGAUCCCAAGGAGGGCAGCUUCAUGGAGACUCCUACUUCAUCUCUCUGCCUGC